AUACAUUUAAAAAAGAAACGGGUCCCAAGCGGAUCCAAUAGGGUCUUGGACCCCCUAACGAUCCCUAGUCACAAGAAAUCUCUACAGAAAUGUCUAUAAAUACGCUCGCGAGUAUCAUUCUAGAAGCUCUCUGGAAACUCAAAUAGUUAUCUAUUCUGUACGCUGAAAUAUCCUUGAAAGAGUAAAAAUAUUAAUCAUCUUACAAGAAAUUAGAACUAUUGUAACUUAAUAAAAAAAAUAGCAGUACUUGGGAAUUCAUAUCUUCGUCUUUGAAAGAAAGGUUGAUUCGAAGUAAUUCUGUUGGUUGCUGUGGAGACGAUUUCCGGGGCGAUCGUCCAUCACCCUUGUUUGAAUAGUUCCUCUCGGAGAAUGGAUGCUUUCGAUGACAAAGGAACUUUUAACCCACCAUCUUCUUCUUCUGUAUCAUUUGAUUACACCAGGAAGAGGAAGACUCGAAGAAGGCGUGAUGAAUCAGUUGAAGAAACUCUUGCUAAGUGGAAAGAAAUCAAUAGUAAACUCAAUGCAGACAAUGAAGGAAGAAAACCAAUUAGAAAGGCGCCUGCGAAGGGGUCGAAGAAAGGAUGUAUGAGAGGUAAAGGCGGUCCUGAGAACUCAUUGUGCAAAUUCAGGGGAGUUAGACAGAGGACUUGGGGGAAAUGGGUUGCUGAGAUUCGUGCUCCUAAUCGAGGUAAAAGGCUUUGGCUUGGCACUUUCCCUACUGCUGUUGAAGCAGCCUUGGCUUAUGAUGAAGCUGCUCGAGUAAUGUAUGGUUCGAGUGCUCGAUUGAACUUCCCCGAUCAAGCUUCAUUGUCUGUUUCAUUGGAGGAUUACAGGAAUAACUCCGCUACAACAACACCAACAACAACAGCAACAUCGUAUACAACAGCGUCUGCAACAUCGUCUGAUACACACACUCUUGAUCAGUCAGUCGGUCGAAUCGAAGGGGUAUCAAUGGUGCCCAAGGGCGAGCCUUCCUCAAACCCUUUGGAGGCAGAAGCACAGCCGGAUGAAGGUGGCAUCGACAUCAAUGAGUACCUACAGAACUUGACAGUCGAUGAGAUGUUCGAUGCUGACGAAUUACUCGGGGCUAUAGAUGCUGGACCUGUUUCCCCUGUAGGAAACUCCAUGAAUCCUGGUUAUGAUUCUUUCAAGUCUGAAGUUGAAAACAAUUCAAUCCCACUGGAUAAGCCAGAAGAUUGGUCAUUUCUGAAUUACAAUUCAGAUUUCUUGCAGCAGUUAUCAAAUCAGGAUGAUUCUAGUUUGUUUGGAAGCUUGCAAUUGCAUCAGGGUGAUCAAGAUGAUAAAGGUGUGGGAUACGGAUCAGAGCUGUUUAAGACUGAGGAUUCUGUUUGAGGGUUAUGGCAAAGAAUAAAACAUCAGCUUUGUUGUAGCAAAUAAGGGCACAAAUAGGAUUAUGAUGAGAUGGUGAUUCUCUAUAAUCUUUGCUCUUGUUUUAUGGUUUUGAAUCCUUUUGUAGAUGUAAAUUGAAAAUCAUAAAUAUACAAUCAGAAAAUUGUAUUCUCUGAAAUUUAGUUGUGAUUUUUCUUAAAUUCAGAACUUUACACAAUUGAAAUUGGUGCUAGCAAUGGCAUGAUACAAGCUGUUGCUCUUUUAAGGUA